AAAGAUGACAACUUGCAGCGCGACCACCGCCGCAUGGUCUCCGUCUGGACCAUUGGUCUCGUGCGCGGUGGGCUACCUGUCUGCUUGGCUGGCAGGUGUGUUUCGGAGGGAAUCCGGUUGAACACACACGCGCACACGCACACACACACUGGACAAAAAGCGGUCCUGUGCUCCUUCACGACCCAACCGACAGGAACAUUUAAUAAAUGGUGGACUUUCCGCGUGAGGUUUGUCUGAAUUCAUACGUCUUCAUGUCGCUCGGCUCCGCGCGCGUGUCGACUGCGCUCGUGAGCGCUGGACUCUUUGUUCGCGGGUCCCGCCGGACACACAGCCGUUGGUCUCGGACACACUGCCCGUUGGUCUGUUAGCCAAUCAGAGUGGAGGUCUAACGAGCGAGCCGGGGCUCGCGCGCUGUCAGACAGACGUCCUUUAUACCUCCGGGUUUUUUAUUUUUUAUUUUUGGGAGAUGUUUUCUCGUCCACCACCAAAUCUGACGCUGUCAAAGUAUAUUUGCGUUCACAUUGUACUAAACAAAGUUUUAAAAAUCAGUUUGCGAGUUGUGUUGCUCGUUGACGUGUUUUUGUUUAUAGUUUCUUCCUGAAAGUAGGACUUUUAAUAAUUGUGAAUAAAGUGAAUUAAUAAGUUGUCUUGAUAUAAUGAGGACCCACUUAUCAUUAAUUUAGCCAUCAGGCUGGCAUAUGCAGUAUGUCACAUAUAAUAUGUUUAUGUAUGCAUUUCUAUAUUUGUAUAUAUAUGACAAGGAUGGUAAGCAGCCAGCCGAAGUACGAGCUGAUCCAGGAGGUGGGGCGUGGCAGUUACGGCGUGGUCUAUGAGGCGGCGGUGAAGUGCACGGGGGCCCGGGUGGCGGUGAAGAAGAUCCGCUGCCACUCUCCGGAGAACGUGGAGCUGGCUCUGCGGGAGUUCUGGGCCCUCAGCAGCAUCCAGAGCCAACACCCAAACGUCAUCCACCUGGAGGAGUGCAUCCUGCAGCGGGACCAGCUGGCCCAGAGGAUGAGCCACGGCUCCAGCUCCCCGCUCUACCUGGAGCUGGUGGAGACGUCGCUGAAGGGCGAGAUCACAUUCGACCCGUGCUGCGCCGACCACCUGUGGUUCGUCAUGGACUUCUGCGACGGGGGCGAUAUGAACGCCGACCUGCUGUCCCGCAAGCCCAACACCAGCUUCAUGCUGCAGCUGGGCAGCGCCCUGGCCUUCCUGCACCGCAACCAGAUCCUCCACCGCGACCUCAAGCCGGACGACAUCCUCGUCUCCCAGGCCCGCACGCCGGCCGGCUCCUCGGAGCCCACGCUCAAGGUGGCCGACUUCGGCCUGAGCGAGGUCUGCUCCGCCUCCGGGCUCAACCCGGAGGAGCGGCCCGACGCCUUGGAGCUGGAGCUCCGGCUGGUCCGCAUCGCCUGCCGAGAGCUGGACUGGGACACGUGACGGACGAGCGAACGGCGCCGCGGACGCCGCCGAUCACGCGCGUGCACACAUCUCACUGGCUGCUGUGAACCCAGAUCACAUCACGGGGGAUUAGUGGGUUUAAAAAAAAAACUUGCGAACAACAAUUGGAGUCGUCCCCGUUAAGGUGCGUUCACACCGAAAGCGAAGCGAUUUUUCGCGUCGUCCAAAACGCGUGAGUUUACUCGCUCGACCGUUCACCGUGUUCUCGCCAUGAGCGUCGAGACGCUCCGCGAGGGGCGGGGCUUAUCUCCGUGUCUCGUCUCCGUAAAGACCGUUAUCAUUUCCUUCAUCCACCAGAAUAACGCCCUCGUGUUUGGGUUGAUGACAUCACCCGUAGGCUCACUCAGCUCGGUCACUUUCACCGAUGAAGUUACUGUUACGUCUGAAAGACUUCCGCUUCCAGCGCGACGAGAGCGGAACUCAAGAGCCAAUUGGCCCGAGUUGCGAGAUGACCGCCUCAAAGUUGAAAUAUUUCAACUCGGGCCGAAAAUGCGCCGCUGCGAACGCGUCGCUCACAUCGCGUCGCCCGGGAAAAUAUUGCGUCUAUCGCAGCCACACGCGUCUGUACGUUGACUUUUCAUGGGAUUCGGUCGCGCGAAAAAAAUAGUUUCGCUUUUGGUGUGAACGCACCUUCAGUGUCACGGCGUCAAUCCGUCCACGGUCCAAGCACAUGCAGUCCUCUGUGAGCUGCGUCUUUUAUACCGGAGGGUUGACACCCGCCGCCGCCGCUCCACACGGCGGCUUCGUCUCAGGCUCGUCACGCCACAGCUUCCUCUUCCUCCUCACAGAAUCACUCGAGCGAAAUGACCCCCGACCCGACGCCAUCCCGGACCCGGUGCUACUCGUCACCCAACGCGAUACGAGGCGUUAUCCUGUGAUCAUUACGUUUAUCCAAAGGCCCCGACAUUCAAACACAAUCGCGUCAACGUGUUGGAUGUUGAAGCUCUGAGAGCCCGGGGCCCGACAGCCGCCACAGUAACGCCAGGAGCCUCUUCUGUUCCUGGGCAUGAAAUGCAGGUCUUUGCUCGGCGGUGUUUGUGGUACCGUCGGGUCGGUUUGGCUCAGUCGUCCAAUCGUGGCGCUCGAAGAUGACCCGCUUGGUUGGUUUUAUGGCCGUGGAACAUUUUUUUAUCACUUGGCGAGCAGCCAGCAGGUGGAUUCGUCGUCUUUCUGCCCAUUUUCAGAUAAAUUGACCGGCCCCAGACGUCUGAUCCAGUGAAGCAGAAUGUACAACGAUCCCGACGGGUCACCUUUACUUACGCAGAGCCUCAAACACAAAACACUGUAAUUACAAAGCGCUUCACGCUGUUAAUUAGGAGCAGAGCUUAAAUGAUAAUACCGCUUUAUUACAAUUUGGUUUGUUUUCAUAGUUUCAGCCGGAGUUACCGGUAUUAAUAAACCAAAUCACCUUGGGUAACUCCUCCAACCAGCGAGCAGAUUGUCCUCCGAGUGACUCGCACACAUCUCUAUGUUGCCUAAACAUGAAUGUAACUAGAAUGGGCACUCGGUAGAGCGCAUACCUUCGCAUAUCACAAGAUUGGGCAUUGAAUUAUGAACAUUUUGGCAUUAGUUGCAUGCAAAUUGGAUAAAAAUUGAUAUGGUAAAAAAGAUUUUGACCUUUUCAUGACCUUGAUCUUGACCUUUGACCCGAUCGAUCCCAAAAUCUAAUCAAAUGGUCCCCGGAUAAUAAACAAGCAUCCCACCAAAUUCCAUGCGAUUCGGUUUAACACUUUUUGAGUUAUGCGAGUAACACGCAUACAAAUAAAUAAAUAAAUACACGGCGAUCAAAACAUAACCUUCAGCAUUUUCAAUCCGAAGGUAAUUAUCUCAAGUUUGAGCUGCAGUGACAUGAAUAUUCACAAUUUUAUCCAUUUCGACUUGAAUGAGUGAGAAAAAUGAGAAGAAGAAAAAAGUCGACGGAUUCAGUGAAUCUCACUGAAAGCGAUUAUCUCGUUGUUUAUAUUCAUCCCUCAUAACUACCUGCUGCAUUAUCCGGAGGAGGAUUCAGUGUGAACGACUUAAGCGCGCGGCGUCUCUCACCUUCAGGGAAGAGGCGAGAGGCGACACCGGCGCCUGAGCCAGAUCUCUGCGUUAAAAACAACAACCGACCUGUGUGGAUCCAUAAUGCUGUUGUGUUUCACUUGAUCUCCUCUCGCUGUGCCGCCGCUCCUCGACUCCGUUGGCUCUGGAUCUUCCGGUAAUCCCUUUCUUCGCGCCUCCGACAGGCUAAUUCUAAAUCUGUUAAGCUGUCGCAGCGCUUGGCGGAGGAUCACGCCCGGGACGCCUUUCAUCUUUUCAGGUCGGCCAUAAUUUGUGCACUUAAAACUCAUUUUACAGGAACAUGUAAAAAAAAAAAAAAGCAAACAAUCAUGGCGUCUUUAAUGGGAAGGAACAUAUUAAAUGUUCUUUCUUGUCGCCAAUAUUUAACCUGCUAGAUGGCCUUCGAUUGGCCGUUUGAGAGUCGCCUUAUUUCUGAAAUUCACCACUUUGCGACACUAAAGUGGCCUCAUGGACAUCGCACUCAAACACAGAAUUGGCAGAAGUUGUUGAGAAUCACCGAUGAGAAUAUCAAAACCGCGAAUCUGUAUUUGAACCCGUCUGCAGGGCAUCGACGCCGCUCAGGAAUGUGGUGUUUUGGGUUUUUUCUUUUCGGUUCACGAGCCGCAAAGUUUGGACCCGAAGUAGGUCACCCAUAAAAGUAAAGGUCACCAAUAAAGCAAAGGUCACCCAUGAAGUAAAGGUCACCCAUAACCGCGCAGCUCUCAGAGCGGAGGGUGACGGGUAGUCGUUUCCGGCCAGACCGCUUCCCUCCAGCCUUCGAGGCGAGGUCGGUUUCCUGUGAGACGUUUGCCAAACGCACACGAGGUCUGUGGUAUUGGGAGAUUUCCCCUUUUGGUUUGUUGUAUAAAAUGAUUUUUGCACAUGUGUAAAUACUGUACGGGGUCAACAGGGGGGGGGGGGGGAUAUGAAGACCGGCUGUGCUCCGUUUGCAAGAGCUGGACUUGUUUGUAAAUUGCUGUGAUGGAUUACAUUUUUUUUUUUUUUUCCAACUCGACUGCUUCGGGUCGAUCACGGAAAAGAUGUGAUGCGUUCAAUACUGUCGGUGUGCCAGUGGUAACUGUACGUUUUUAAUUUGCGUAAUUUGUGUACGCAUAGUGGGUCGACUCAAAUCGGUGCCGAGCAAUUUUAAAUUAUUGGACAAAUCGACCCUGGACCCCGAUCCAGGACCCCUGAACUCGGACUGAUUCCGGCUGAGAAGUUCUCUGUUCGUCUAACACCGGAAACUGUUGCUCUCCUCUAACGAUGAGUAAAUACCGAGAGGCCGCGCCCCCUUUUGUUCAGUCGUCCUGCUGUCGCAGCUUCUGACCACCGGGGGCAGCGACGAGCAGAGAGAAAUUAAGAAGGAAAGAAAAGUACACUCACUGGUCCCCACAGUGGGGCCACUCUUCUCUGCGUUGGACCCCUCCUCAGUUAUGAAGGUAACCGGGGGUUCAGUGUCUUGCUCAAGGGCAUUCAACAUGCAACUAUGGGGGACAGCGGCGAUCGGACCCUGUGGUUACACCCGACCCCCAACGCCGCUGAGCCCACUCCUCUGGAAACGAGGAAGACGGCUGCCGCCAUUUUUUAAUUUUCAUGUACUGGUCGAGCCUUUUCAUGGUGUGGAGUUAAUAAAGCUUUUGUUUCUUUGUGCAAAUUAACUCUAUAGAGAUAUCUCAACUCCCAGGAGAUAGACGUAUGAGUAGUACCCAGUACGAGUCCUGGAUCAGGGCUACUCACCAUAAUAAAGUAUAAAUAAUAAAACUUGGUGUUGGAUGAAGGAGAGAGGGCGAGUGCAAUCACUGGCACCGACAACUCACUGGCACCUCACUGGCACCUCACUGGCAACUCACUGGCAACUCACUGGCACCUCACUGGCACCUCAGUGGCAAGUCUGUGGCAAGUGCCACAGACUUGCAUAGAUAAUGUAUUUUUUUAGACUUACUUAAAAUAUGCAAUACGAUAUUGCUGUACAAUACUGCUGUACUAUAUUGAAUAUUGUUUUGCUACUACUACGUUUCACUUCGUAAUAUAUAACACUUAUAUACCAUGAUAUGUAUAAUGUACCCGCCUUUCUUUAAUAAUAAAAAAUAUAUAAUUAUU